CGGACUGAUUUGCCUCGCUGGGUUCAAGAUGAGCCGAUCGGGCAGCAGACUUAAAGAAGAAGGUGCAGAGCAAAAUGGAGACCCAGGAGGUCAAUGUGUCUGUGUUUACCAGUGUUCACGCUGCAGCAGGGAGUCCUGAAACAAGGCUUUUGUCCACCUUCAAGAAAGACACUCACGCCAGGAAGGCUUACCUGGCAGGGAGAGAGUAUUACAGUGAGGAAGGGAAGACCUUUGACCUGCGUCUUGUUAGAAAAAUAAAGCAACAGCUAAACGCUGAUCCCACUACCCGUCCGGAGUAUCCAUCUUCUCUUGGACUAACAGAAUUCAACAGGCGGGCCGCAGAGGUUGCUUUGGGGAAGAGCUCUCGGGCUAUAGUGGAGGACCGGGUGUUAAGCGUCCAAACUCCUGGGUUUACCGCUGCUGUGCGUCUCGGGGCUGAAUUCUUGAGACACUGGUUUGAUGUCUCCGCCGCUUGGUGCGGGCCGGUCUACCUGUCCUCCCCUUGUGACGACUCAUUGGCUGGUAUCUUCCAGGCAGCAGGGAUCCAAGAUAUCCGUGAGUAUUAUUACUGGGAUGACAAGCAGCGGGGCGUUUGUUUGGAUAAGCUUCUGGAGGAUCUGGAGAAGGCUCCGGAGCAAAGUGUUGUUGUCCUAUCAGCGUCCUCCCACUAUCCAACCGGAGCCGACCUCUCUCACAAUCAAUGGGCUGUGAUUACAAAACUCAUCAUGAGGCGUAGGCUUUUCCCUUUCCUCUUGCUGCCUCCUCAGGCGCUCCGCUAUGGAGAUUUGGAGCGGGAAGCCUGGCCUGUUCAGUACUGUGCAUCGCAGGGGAUGGAGCUCCUCUUGGCUCAGUCGUUCGCCCACUGCUUUGGAUUAUAUGGCGAGGCUGUCGGACACCUUCUGUGCGUGUUAAAGCAGAACUCCCUCCUGUUAUCUGUGCGGUCUCAAGCUGACAAAAUAGUCAGGUCGCUGUGGGCCCAGCCGUCCGUAGGAGGAGCACAUGUUGUGGCUACAGUGCUCAGCAACCCAGCCCAUCUAGUUGAAUGGAAGGAAGAAGUAAAGUGCAUCGUGGAGAGAUUAAUGCUGAUCAGAGAAAUUUUAAGGGAGAGGCUGAGGCUUUUGGGAACUCCAGGUUGCUGGGACCACCUGACUCAACAAGGUGGACUCUACUGUUGCACAGGCUUGAAUGGUGCGCAGGUAGAAUUUCUGUCUAAGAGGAGACAUGUGUACCUGCUCCCCAGUGGCUGUCUUAAUGUGAGUGCAAUCAACGGUCGUAACUUGGACUAUAUAGCCGAGUCCAUCCAUCUGGCCCUGACCACUUCGCUCUCACCAUGUGGCUUUUAAGCAAGCACUGAAAUCAGUGUCAAAGGGGCUUUUCAGCCAGACUGAGGCUCUUGUAUAAAUUGGUCAUUGUUUGUGUCAAAUGGAAAUGCUCAGUUUCAAGUUUAUUGUAAUUACAAUUGCAUGUCUGGCAAUUGCAAAGUAAAAGGUGAUUAACGUACAGAAAAAUGUAGAGCAAACUAGGACUGCUUAUUGACUAACUUUUCAUGACAAAGGUGCAAUCACUAGUAACAGAGGACAGGAAGUGAUGGUCCUUUAGAUGAGCAGACUUGAGUAUGGGAUGUGGUCAUGUGGCCUGUGUUUGUUAUACAGUAGGUCAGCCACAGGUGAAACAAUUUCAUAGCAGUGGAGUGAUCUUUUUGUUUAAAUUGUGUUACUUUAACUGCUUUUGUCUGCUGUAUAUAUUAGCAGUGGCUCAAAGACUUACAUAUAUUGACACUUUUUAUUGUUUUGGUGCUUAUCUUUUGUAGUCUACACAGAGAGUACGUAUAAGGCUAAAGCCAGCAGCUUGUUAACUUAGCUUACCUUGUUUACAAAUAACAUGUAACAUCUGGUUUGUGCAUCCGUACAAAAACUGAAAUGUGUAUUUGUGGUUUUACAGGGGGACAAAACCUUCAUCUUUGGUUUUGUACGGAUUAAACAAAUCGGGCAAAUAUUAGAAUAAUAUCAAUCUUUUUAUCUAACUUUCAGCAAGAUAGCGAAUAAGUGUAUUUCCCAUAAUGUCUUUUUCCUUUACGUAUAUAGUGGACAUGUACCGUAAAUGUUAAUGUCAUGAAUGGGUAUGAGUCACUUUAUAUUAAACAGAUUUCAGUGAGUUGUUGUAGUUUGAAUUGUGUAUGUUUGUAUGUAUGUAGGCUACGCUGUACUUUGUUAGGGACAACAUGAUGUUUGGAUGAUGUCCAGACUCCACUCACCAGCACGAUCAGGUGAAUAAAGAGCUUAUCAGUGCCCGAUGGGAAAUCACUCUGACGGAUAAGCCUUACACAAACAGCAUAAUGCCCGCUGCAAAGCAGAAUGCUUCCUUCCAGCUUCAUGAAUUCAUUUUAAUUGCAAAGAACAUCAGUCAGAAAAAUGAAUCUUCAACAUAUUGAAGCAUGCAUACACAGCUUCCUUUUGACUUGGGAGGAUUGA